AUGUCCACAGCACCCCAUGCUACCGCCCCCGCACCUGCUCACGACGACGCCGACGACUCUGCCACUCACAAGCCCGCUUCGACGAUGAACGCGCUCCGCACCAAGAACGUCGCCGUCAUCGGCGGGAGCUACGUCGGACACCGCCUUGCCAUGUCGCUCGCCAAGGCCCUGCCGGCGACGCACCGAGUCGUGCUCAUCGAGAGCAACAGCCACUUUCACCACCUCUUUACGCUGCCCCGCUUCUCGGUGCUGCAUCGCGGCGGCGAGGAAAAGGCAUUCGUGCCCUACGACCACAUCUUUUCCGACCCGUCCAUCCCGCCGGGCGCAGGCACCGUCGUUCACGCCCGCGCCCUCUCCAUCCUCCCCUCGUCGGGCGGCGGCGAGGUGGGCGGUACGAUCCGUCUGGACCGCCCUCUACCCAACGCUGCUCGACCGGCGGGCCGGGAAGACGAUGGCGAGGGCGAGACAAACCUCGUUGCUUACGACUACCUCGCCCUCGCAACGGGGACGCAGCUGCAGAGGCCAUGGAGCCUUUCCACGGCCGCCUCCUCCUCUUCCACCGAUGCGAUCGAAGGUGAGGGGAACCGGACAGGGGAGGUGCAGGAUACCACCAAGGCGCAGGCCAUCCAGAUCCUCCAGUCGUACCAGGACAAGGUCAGGGAUGCGCGGCGCAUCGUCAUCGUCGGCGGAGGGGCCGUGGGCGUCCAGGUGGCACUCGACAUUGCGCACCUCUACCCGCUCCGAGAAAGCGGCAAGGAGGUCGUCGUCGUCCACUCUCGCGACCGCGUCAUGAACAAGUACCACCAAGACCUACACAACCUCGUCAUGGCGCGGUUCGGCGAGGCGGGCAUCGAGACGAUCCUCUCUUCGCGCGUCCACCUCCCCUCUCCGCCCGCCGCGUUUUCAGGGGGCGGGAGGACGCACAUGCUGCCCCUCUCGUCCGGUUCGAGCGUGUCGGGCGACCUGAUCCUGCUCUGCACGGGUCAGACGCCACGAUCGGCGCUGCUGCGUCACCUCUCGCCCUCUUCCCUCACCGCGGCCGGAUUCAUCAAGGUCGACCGAACGCUCCAGGUGCAGAGCGCCGAGCUCGAGCCAGGACAGGCGCAGAGGCUGUUCGCCCUCGGCGACGUGGCAGAGACGGGCGCGUGGAAGACGGUGCGCGCCGCCAUGGGUCAGAUUGACACGGUCUCGCACAACAUCCUCGCCCUCAUCUCCCGCUCCUCCGCUGCCGCCGCCGCAGCAACAGCAGAGGGCGACGAUGCGGCGGCGGCAAAGGAGCUCAAGACGUUUACGCCCGGCCCGGCUGGCAUCCACCUCACCCUGGGUCUGCGGGAAUCGGUCAAGUUUGGCAACCCGGCCAACCCGGACGACAAGCCGCGUUGCCUCGUCGAAGAGGACGGGAGCCGGGACAUGAAUGCCUCGCGCAUGUGGGCCAACUUCAACGUGCCCAAGGAUACCGCCUGGCACCUCUAG